AUGAGCUUACAAGAUGGCGGCUCCAGCUACGCCAUGGCCACCGCUAGUGGCAGCAUGCGGCGGCGCCUGGAAGACCAGGAGUUCAGUCUUCGCGUCUACCCAGGCACCCUGGCUGAGGGCACAAUCUAUUGCCCCGUCAGCGCCCGCAAGAAUACCACAGCUGCUGAAGCCAUCGAGUGCCUCAUCGAGCGGUUGCACCUGGAGCGUACCAAAUGCUACGUGUUGGCUGAGGUGAAGGAGUUUGGUGGGGAGGAAUGGAUCCUGAAUCCCUGUGACUGCCCUGUCCAGCGGAUGAUGUUGUGGCCACGAAGUGCACUGGAGAAUCGCAGCGGUCUGGGCAGCGGCGAAGACUACCGCUUCCUCCUGCGGGAGAAGAACCUAGAUGGAUCUAUUCACUAUGGGGGCAGCCUGCAGAUGUGGCUGAGGGUGACUGAGGAGCGCCGGCGCAUGGUAGAAAGGGGUUUCCUCCCCCAGCCUGCAGGGAGCAACCCUCCGUCCGACCUGUGCUCUCUCCCAGAGCUAACUGAGCGCGCCAUUUUGGAAAGCCUUCGUGCGCGUUUCCGGCAGGAGAAGAUCUACACUUACAUUGGGAGUAUUCUUAUUGUGAUUAACCCGUUCCAGUUCCUGCCAAUCUACAAUCCUAAAUAUGUCAAAUUGUACGACAACCAUGCUCUGGGGAAGCUGGAACCCCACAUUUACGCUGUAGCGGAUGUGGCGUAUCAUGCAAUGCUGCAGCGAAGAAAGAACCAGUGCAUUGUCAUUUCUGGUGAAAGUGGGUCUGGAAAGACCCAGAGCACUAACUUCCUCAUUCAUCACCUGACGGCCCUCAGCCAGAAGGGGUUCGCCAGCGGGGUGGAGCAGAUCAUCCUGGGAGCUGGGCCAGUGUUAGAGGCCUUUGGGAACGCCAAGACGGCCCACAACAACAACUCCAGCCGCUUCGGAAAGUUCAUCCAGGUCAACUACCAGGAAAGUGGCACUGUCAGGGGAGCCUAUGUGGAGAAGUACCUGCUGGAGAAAUCACGCCUUGUGUACCAGGAGCACAAUGAGAGGAACUACCAUGUGUUCUACUACCUGUUGGCCGGAGCCAGUGAAGAUGAGAGGAAGUCUUUUCACCUGCUUAAACCUGAGGAAUACCACUACCUCAACCAGAUGACAAAGAAAUCGCACAAACUCCACUGGGACAAUUACUAUGACAGCGAGCUGCAGGACUGCUUCACCGUGGAAGGAGAGGAUCUGAAACACGACUUUGAGCGCCUGCAGCUGGCGAUGGAGAUGGUCGGCUUCCUCCCCGCCACACGCAAACAGAUUUUCUCACUGCUGUCAGCAAUCCUCCAUCUGGGCAACAUCCGCUACAAGAAGAAGACCUACAGGGACGAUUCAAUCGACAUCUGCAACCCAGAGGUCCUGCCCACCGUCUCAGAGCUGCUAGAGGUAAAGGAGGAGAUGCUGCUCGAAGCGCUGACGACCAGGAAAACUGUCACUGUCGGAGAAAGGCUCAUCGUGCCCUACAAACUUGCUGAGGUGGGCACUGUGAGGGACUCCAUGGCCAAGUCACUGUACAGUGCGCUGUUCGACUGGAUUGUGUUCAGGACCAACCACGCCCUGCUCAACAACAAGGACCUGGAGGACAGUUCAAAGAUCCUGUCCAUAGGAGUCCUCGACAUCUUUGGUUUUGAGGAUUAUGAGAGCAACAGCUUUGAACAGUUCUGCAUCAACUUUGCCAACGAGCGACUCCAGCACUACUUCAACCAGCACAUCUUCAAAUUAGAACAGGAGGAGUACAGGUCAGAGGGCAUCACCUGGCACAACAUCGACUACAUCGACAACAGUGGCUGCAUCAAUCUCAUCAGCAAGAAACCGACCGCUCUGUUCCACCUGCUGGAUGAGGAGUGCAAUUUCCCUCAGGCUUCCAAUCAGACCUUGCUGGACAAGUUCAAGCGUCAGCAUGAAGGAAACAGCUACAUCGAGUUCCCUGCUGUCAUGGAGCCUGCCUUCAUCAUCAGACACUACGCUGGUAAAGUCAAGUACAGAGUCAAGGACUUCAGGGAGAAGAACACCGACCACAUGCGACCCGAUGUCGUGGCCUUGCUAAAGAGUAGCAAGAACGCCUUCAUCUGUGGUCUGAUGGGAAUCGACCCCGUGGCGACUUUCCGCUGGGCCGUUCUGCGAGCUUACUUCAGAGCCCUGGUGGGUUUCAGGGAGGCCGGCCGCAGACACACCCACAAAAAAACUGCAAACGAUGCAGCAGUUCCCUGUACAGUUGUUAAAACUGUCGACAGCUUCAGUUUCCUCCACCACCCGGUUCACCAGAGGAGCCUUGAGAUCCUUCAAAGAUGCAAAGAUGAGAAAUACAGUAUCACAAGAAAGAAUCCCCGCACUCCUCUGUCAGAUCUUCAAGGCACCAACGCCCUGAAUGAGAAAGCCAGCUGGGAUGGCUAUGGCGUUGGCUGCAACGGUCGCAGCUCCAGAUCGAGUCGUCUCUCCUCAACAGGAAGUCCCGCCCUGGAGGAGGAUGGGAUCUUCCUCAACUCGACCAACAGCAAGCUCCUGGAGAGAGCUCAGGGUAUACUGAUGAGAAACAAAAACUGCAAAAGCAAGCCUGCCCUUCCCAAGCACUUGUUGGACGUCAAGUCCCUGCGCUACCUGAGCAGCGUGACGCUGCACGACCGCAUCACCAAGUCUCUGCUUCACCUGCACAAGAAGAAGAAGCCGCCAAGCAUCAGUGCACAGUUCCAGGCUUCCCUCAAUAAGCUGAUGGAGACGCUCGAUCAGUCGGAGCCGUAUUUCGUGAAGUGUAUUCGAUCCAACGCUGAGAAGCUGCCGUUGCGUUUCAAUGACACUCUGGUGCUCAGACAACUCAGAUACACAGGGAUGCUGGAAACUGUCCGCAUCCGCCAAUCAGGAUACAGCAUCAAGUACACCUUCCAGGACUUUGUGCGUCACUUCCGCGUGCUGCUGCCUCGAGGCACGAACCCAACCAAGUCAGGUAUCAGGGAGUUUUUCAGACAGAUCCACCUGCUGCCCUCUGGGUAUCAAGUGGGCAACACAAUGGUGUUCCUGCGGGAGGUGGAGCGACAGCGACUUCAAACCCUCCUCCAUCAGGAGGUGCUGCGGCGAAUCGUCAUGCUGCAGCGCCGCUUCAGGGGCGUGCUGGAGCGGAAGCACUUUGUUGACAUGAGACGAGCAGCUUGUGCCAUCCAGCGAUGGUGGCGACGCUGCCUCCUCAACCAAUCCACCAUGGACUUCACGAUUGAGGAGGGGGCGGCGGUUUGUCUGCAGGCUGCCUGGAGGAGCUACACGCAGCACCGGAAGUUCCUGCAGUGGCGAGAGGCCGCCGUCAUCAUUCAGAGGAGCUGGAGAAACUGCCGCCACCGCAGAACUUUGGCAGCUGUAAUGGUUCAAACAGCCUGGAGGGGAUUCAGAGAGAGGAGCCGCUACUGUCGGACGUACAGGGCCGUGACGCAGCUGCAGACGACGGGCAGAGGAUACCUGGCUCGUCUCAGGUUCCGAGAAUUGAAGAAGCAGCAUGAAAGACAGCGACUCAGUGGCCGUUCAUCUGCAGAGAUGGAUGCAGGAACCACGGAGGAGCUUACAACAUCAGGACAGGAGAGUAAUGUCCAGGACGUCUCUGCAGAGCUCUCUGAAGACCACAAGGCUGUUCUGUUCGGUGUGGGAGAGACAGAAAGAGGAGAGCACUCGGAGCGAAGCAGGAGCAUGGAUGAGAUGAGCCACAAGAACCGGUCGAAACGAGAGAGCAGACGGAUGAGAGAGUUGGAGCAGGCUCAGUUCAGCCUGAAGCUUCUGAAGGUCCGCACCACUAGUGUAGGAGGUCCUGCUCAGGAGGACCUGGUCCCUGAGAGCGGCACCUCACAGCUGGAGGAGCAUCACAGACAUUCUCCCCGAGGAUCCCCAGCUAGUCAAGGAAGCUUUGAAUUCCUCAGUGUAGAAGACAUGGAGUCUGAAGGCUCUGCACCCCAAGACCAACCCCAAGCUCGAGAUAUACAACUACAAGAGGAGCAAAGAGAUCCAAACUAUAAUGAAAAACUUCUGUCCGAGGUUACCAGGGCAACAUUUUAUAUCGCUUCUGACCAAAGUCCAGUUCAUGAACCAAAAUUCGAAAGUCCCAGCAAAUCUUACAAAGAGAGAAGGGAGUCUACGUCUCGAAGGCCAGUUGUGGUUUUAAUCAGUAUGCAGAAGGAAAGCCCUGUGGAUGAGGAGGAGCUGCUGGCAGCCCAAAUCCCAGAAAGAGCUCCUCAAACAGGAGCAACAUCAUCCACUUGUCAAAUGACUCCCAUUGUAGGCCUGGAGGUGGGAUCAGAAAUCGAGCCGGCUCCUGUGACUGCUCCCCUGGCCACAAGAGAUGUAAACGGGGUGGAUAAGUCCUUUAAUGUCCCCUCUUCAACUGCUCUUGGGUCAAGUCCAGACGUAGCAGGGCUUUGCUCCUCAGAGGUGGACAUCCAGAUCGUCUUGGAGCCCAAGCCCACCGUUCUCCAUGGUCAGCAGGAAAGGAGUGUGGUACAGCCGACGCAGGAGGCUCCCAGCACGAUCCUGGACACCAAACCUCCCAAAGCCCAGAAGAAGAGCUCAGCCCAGACUGUGAUUGUGAACAUGCUGGAGAAACCGUCUGCCACAGUGUUCUCUCCACCCAGACGCAAACUACCAUUCUCCAAGUCAGAUAAGGACUUGGUGAACCAGGAAAGAUCUCUUGCCAUGUUCAGAGACGACUCCAAAUCUGCUGGGUCCAGAAACAGAGAGCAGGUUGGCCGUCCAGUUCCCAAAAAGAAAGCUAGAAUGUCCCGGACACGCUCCGACUUCCUCACCCGCUGUAACUCUGAGGGGGCAACCCAGUCGGACGACGACGACGAGUACUACACCCCCGCCCUCUCCCACACGCUGCCCCCCUCCCUGUCCCUCCCACACGCCCACCCUGAGACGGACUGUCACAGUGACUCAGAGAUGUCUUCUCAUAAAGACCAGAAGAAGAUCCAUAAGACCAUGUCAUCAGGAGACCUGGGCAAGGUUGAGGUCCUGAGGAAAACCUCCAGUCACGAAGGAAGCAGGAUGAGAGGGAAGAUGCGAUUCUGGAGUAAGACGAAGCAUGGAGAGAAAAAACUGUCAAGGGAGAAGCAGGCUAGCAGGAGCGAAGCAGGAGAGACACAUGAAGGUCCCUCUCUCCUGCACAGUCUGGACCUUGAUGCGGCUUCUGCAACGGGGGUCAGGGACAGUAAGGAGAGCAAGGAGCUGUCUCCUAAAAUAAGACGUCGCAGUGUGAAGAUCAGCAGCAUCACCCUGGAGCCCGCCCAGUGGCAGAACGACGCCCUGCACAUCCUCACGUCGGCCCACGACUACCGCAGCAUGAACGACUUUCUAAUGAAGAAGAUCGCUGACCUAGAUUCUGAGGAUGGUAAGAAGGACACCAUGGUGGAUGUCGUGUUCAAGAAGGCGCUGAAGGAGUUCAGGAUCAACAUCUUCAACUCGUACUCCACUGCUCUGGCUAUGGAUGAUGGGAAGAGCAUCCGUUACAAGGAUCUUUACGCCUUGUUCGAGCACAUCCUGGAGAAGACCAUGCGUCUGGAGCAGAGAGACUGGAGCGAGUCACCGGUGAAGGUGUGGGUCAACACCUUUAAGGUCUUCCUGGAUGAAUUCAUGACUGAGUACAAGCCCAUGGAGGGAACCAUCGGCAGGGCUCCUAAACGUGAGCGCAAGAAGUCGAGGAAGAAGGAAACUGACAUUGUGGAAGAACACAAUGGCCACAUCUUCAAGUCCACCCAGUACAGCAUCCCCACCUACUGCGAGUACUGCUCCUCCCUCAUCUGGAUGAUGGACCGAGCCUGCGUCUGCAAACUGUGUCGUUACGCCUGCCACAGGAAGUGCUGCACGAGAAUGACGACCAAGUGCAGUAAAAAGUACGAUCCAGAGUUGUCCUCGCGGCAGUUUGGCGUGGAGUUGUCUCGUCUGACCAGCGAGGAGCGGACGGUGCCGCAGCUGGUGGAGAAGCUCAUCAACUACAUCGAGAUGCACGGCCUCUACACAGAGGGGAUCUACAGGAAGUCGGGCUCCACCAAUAAGAUCAAAGAACUCCGUCUGGGGCUGGACACAGAUGUGAACAGUGUGAACCUGGAUGACUACAACAUCCACGUCAUUGCCAGUGUUCUCAAACAGUGGCUGCGUGACCUGCCCAGCCCUCUCAUGACCUUUGAACUGUACGAAGAGUUCCUCAGGGCCAUGGGUCAGCCUGACAAGCGGGAGGUAAUCCAAGGGGCGUAUUCGGUGAUCGACCAGCUCAGCAGGACACACCUGAGCACACUGGAGCGUCUCAUCUUCCAUCUGGUUAGGAUCGCCCUGCAGGAGGAGACGAACAGGAUGUCAGCCAACGCCCUCGCUAUCGUGUUUGCUCCCUGCAUCCUGCGCUGCCCCGACUCCAUUGAUCCUCUGCAGAGCGUCCAGGACAUCAGCAAAACCACUGCAUGUGUGGAGCUCAUCAUCAACGAGCAGAUGAGAAAGUACAGAGCUCGACUGAAGGACAUCAGCAGUCUGGAAUUUGCAGAAAGCAAAGCCAAGAGCAGACUGACCCACAUCAGGAAAUCCAUGAAACCAGUACUAAUUGCUGUUAGGUUUAUGAGCAUUACCCGCACUGCCACCCCGAGCAUAGGCCGCGUUCGCCCGAGCAGCACCCACACGCCCUCGCCUCCCCUCAGCCCCCGAGCGUCUUCUGAGCUGGAUGGAGACAGUGCAGGAGGAGGAGAAGGAGGAGAGGAUGCAGCGGAGGCUGGGCUGAACGAGCCACAGCAGCUGGCGAUGCAGCAGGAGGAGCGGAUCCUCACUGAGCAGAUUGAGAGUCUGCAGAAAGAGAAGGAGGAGCUGACGUAUGAGAUGUUGAUCUUGGAGCCGCGGGUGUCUGACGAUGAGACUCCUGAGUCUGAAGCCUCCAUCGGCACAGCAGACAGCUCUGAAAAUAUCACCAUGGAGACCAAAGGAGCUACGUCCGACCCCUCGGAGCCCUGCACUUAUCGCUCCAGAAAGUCGGAGGCAAAGAGCAGACGAGCUCUGCAUCGCCAGCCGGAUUCCCAGGACUCAGCAGACUCCAUCUCCACGAUCUCCUCAUCCUACCACCCCUCCUCUUCUCUCUCCUCAAACGCCUCCGGCUCUCCGUCCCCUCACUAUCGGUUUCGCUCUUCCUCUUCCGGGCCACUGCUCACCUCCUGCAGUUUGGGGACCACCCCGUUGGGCGAGGCAGAGGCAGGUCACAGAGGUGGCAAGUCCCAGCACAGGCUCCGGCUGAGCCGCAGCUCCCCACGCGAGCCCUCGGGAACCCACCGGAGGGAGUCCGAAUUCAGCUCGGGGCCACAGCAGCUGGUUCUGUAUGGCAGCAACGAGUUCAUGGUGUGA